AUGGCCGGGCUUCGUGCGCCAACCCUUGCGGGCUUUUCCUUUGGCGAGACCGUUGCUCGAUCUCAUUGGCAGGAAACGGGAAGGUUUCAUCGUGCCAUCGUCAUCAUGCAGAAGAAAAAGCCGUUGGCCCGUGGACGCAUGCUCCUCCUGGCUAACGGGGGGAGGCCGAGACCACCCCCUUCUGCGUUAAUACGCCAUCAUGCGCCGGGGGAGAGCGAUCUGGACGGUGGAAAGUUUAAUAUUUGGGGCCAAAACCUCAUUCCAAAUUGUGAUUCUUGUGUUGCUUGCACCUGGCUGGAGCGCUUGGGGAGGAAUGUUUUGGAAGUCCUUGUGGCUGGGAGAAAACGUUCCUUUAAAAGUGCCAUUUUUGAGAAAAUUGGGUUCAGCGCAACCGCCCUUGAAUUACGAGAGGUUACGCUGGAGUCUGGCCCAAUCCCUUUCUUAUUACGUCAGUGGGAGAGGACUCGGCCCACUGCCCCUGCGCGCAUAAAAUGCGAGAGAGAAAAGGACACAAAGACGCGGGCUCGAGCAGUGUCCAAAGGGAGGAUCACAGACGAUGAGAACACAUGUGUCCUCGCCAGAAUUCCGUGGGGGGAGGGGGAGGUUGCUCAGUCUCACCCACAGGCUGAACAUGUGUAUAAAAAGCGGUCAAAUGACGGAUGA